AGGGACAGAGCUGCAGAUCCAUCCCAAACGUACGGGGCUCGUGAUAGCGACUGGCUUGUUCUUAUCUCACGCUCCGGACACCAGCUGUUUCACCUGAUAAAAAGACUUGAGCAUAGACCCGACUUCCCGCCCCCAGAGGAAGCGAAAUGCACCAAGUAAAGCUUCCUGACUGACGCUCGCAGGCGUCUCCCUGAUGAGGCAUAAGCUCAUUUUAUUUCUUAAAUGCGUCGAGGACUAGAGAAUGAUCGACUGAAGAGAUUAUAGCAUUGGCAUAGUCCCAGCAUCCUGUUCCCAAGGGGAAUGUUGGAAAGUACAGAAGUUAAACUGUCACGGGAGAUAUUCUCCCUGAUCCUCUUCACCAGAGAGUAGGAGGAAGGUCCCACGAACGGGGCAUGAAGCCGUCCGACCUACAGCUCCUUUCACUAAUUACUGUGUCGCUGACGUUUCCCUUGAUGGAAAGACUCAUAAACAGCCCUGAAGGAAAGUGAAAUGCAACGCUGGUCAGUCUGUUCCUUGGUUAGUGCUGAGCCAAACUGCAGCCUCAGCUGUUCUUAUCUCAUGGACUUAUCACAAUGACCCGACUUCCUGCCCCCCAGGGAGGAGAAAGGCCACAGGUUCCUGACUGACUCUAACUACUUUUUAUCUUAUCUUUAAAUACAACGCAGACUGGAGAAUUUGAAGUGAUUGUGGCUUUGGGUGUGUGAGGACUGAAGGUUUGUCCCGGAUAGAGAUGAUACAUGUGUGAUGAAAGAAUAACCCCACACUGUGUGUGUGUGUGUGUGUCUGUGUUUGUGUGUCUGUGUGUGUGUCUGUGUGUGUGUUUGUGUGUCUGUGUGUGUGUCUGUGUCUCAUUAAUUAUCUCUACUUCACAGGAACCUUUCCUUCAGAAACUGAAGAAAGAAGAUCUUCGUCUGUCAAACAGUGAGAACCAGGAUGUUUGAAUGAGCCACUCAUCUGAUUCACGUUAACAAACUGGAACAAUGGUUCUCAGACUGGGGUCCCCGGAGCCCUGGGGGUGAAUUCCUAAAGUUAGUUUGGAUGUACUGAUAAGAGCGGGCGAAGACCAAAAGGUGCCAGCAAAUGAAACCCUGAAGCUAGUCAGGCUAAAAUGAGUUGUGGUUACAAAGCAUCCAGAGUGGAAGGACAAAACUAAAGAUCUUUAUUCCAAACAGAUGAAUGAGUGACGAAUGUUAUUGUUCAGUUUCAGGUUCAAUAAAUGCUCUUAAAUAUGCUUUAAAAUAGCUUUGAAAUGAACUGAUUCAUUUGGACUGAGUCCUUUUUGAUACUGUUCAUUUCUAUGAGAGAGUCUUUCAGGUUAGUAUUUAGUUUGAAAAGUUUAAAACAAAAACAAACGGUACUGAACAUGUUUAAUUAGCGUGAGGAGUACGAGGAUCUUGUGUUUGUUUGGCUCACGAUGAGGACUAAAGCGUUUAAGGGCGUUUUGUGUUAAUGAAGUUCCUCUUCUUGAAACAUUUCAGAAGGACUUCAAGUCGUCAUCUUCUUCACACUGUUCAUCUGGUUUCAGUGAGAAGGAAUUCAAAAAGAAACUUUAGACAGAGUUAAAAACAACCAUCAGAGAUUUCACAUCAACAUUUAGUUCAGAGACACUGCAUCGCUGCCAUCACUGUGUGAAACAGGAUUCAAAAAAAUCUCAAGCCCAUCGGAGAAACUUAACAGCUGCCAUCAGGGUGAGAAAGAUCUCAUGCAUCUCAUCAUCGCUAAAUUAAUGUUUGAAACUAUACAGCUGCUGAUACUGAGAGAGAGAGGGAUCCAUCAUUAAUAUCAUAAGAGAGACUGCACAGCUGUGUUUACUGUGAGAAAUAACUCAAAAAAACAAUAUGAAGAAUCUUGUCAAUGUCAGGCCCAUCUGAGGAACAGCUGUACAUAUAUAAAAAAUCAUUCUGAAUUUUCAGAGAGACUCUACAGCUGCCAUCAAGGUGAGAAAGAUCUCAAUAUGUAGUAGAUUAUAAAUUGACUUAAUACUGUUCGGUGUAAAAAAUGUUGUGUGUGUGCGUCUGUAAAGGUCAAGCUGACUGUAUGACCUUACUUCCUGGUAUCCAUGGCAAUGGUGUCAUUAACAUGUGAAUCAUUAAUGUGGACUCUGAGUGUCAUACAUGGAUGAAGCUCAGAUAGAGAGCGAAGGAGACUUUGCCCCCGCGUUAGGAAUCCGUCCGUCAGUCGAGGAUUUUCAGCUUCACACCAGUCAGUGAGUAAAACCUGCCAGAACUGGGAUUAAUUGGUCGUGUCUGGGAUUGACUGGUUGUGUCUGGGAUUGACUGGUUGUGUCUGGGAUUGACUGGUUGUGUCUGGUUGUGUCUGAGAUUGACUGGUUGUGUCUGAUUGUGUCUGAUUGUGUCUGGGAUUGACUGGUUGUUUCUGGGAUUGACUGGUUGUGUCUGGUUGUGUCGGGGAUUGACUGGUUGUGUCUGGGAUUGACUGGUUGUGUCUGGUUGUGUCUGGUUGUGUCGGGGAUUGACUGGUUGUGUCUGGGAUUGACUGGUUGUGUCUGGUUGUGUCUGGGAUUGACUGGUUGUGUCUGGGAUUGACUGGUUGUGUCUGGUUAACUUACAGCCACUAAAUGAUGAAAUCUCGUUGAAGCUCCUCCUACUGCAGGUGCUGAUCAUGGAGUCUUCAUCCUCACCAGUAACUCCUCAGCUCCUCUCCUCUUCAUCAUCUCCUCCUCCUCCUCCUCCUCCUCCUCCUCCUCGUCUGUCGCUGCAGAGUCCAGAGCUGCAAGCUGAGUUUCUAAAAGAGCGGCGGAACAAAUUUCGGUCUCAGGUUGAUUCCAGUGAUUCCAUGGUUUCCAGUGUUUCCUCCCCCCCGUCCUCCCCCUUCACCCAGACCCCCUCCUCCCCUCUGAGCCCCUCGGCCUCCUCUCCUCAUCCUGAUAGACCAGCUCGUCUCUCGUCCCUCUCCAGCCCUGAACUCCUCUCAGAGCUGAAGGACUCCCGGACACGCCCCCUUCGACAUGUCCCCGCCCACAAUGGACUGACCACCGUCUUCUCUGGACGAGGACGAGGACAGGUAGCGGCUGGUGAAAGUCCCGCUUUAAGAUUUGCGGUCAAGGUUUCCGGUUCUAAGCUCCCAACCCUCUCUGUUUGGAUCUGCAGGUUUCUGACUCCGCCCCCACCAUCAAACCAGCCAAUCAGAGGAUGUCUCGUUGAGCCGUGUCUGGGCUCUGAUUGUGUUUCAGCAGUUAUGGAGCCUUCACUAAGCCCUUGUCUUUUAAGAGCUAGCUAACUCUUGAAGCUAGCAUGCAGCUUCUUUUAAAAAUGAGCACGAUGUCGAGCUAAAGCUACGUGCUAGAUGUAUCCAUCUGUUCCAUGUUUCAUGUUUUCUCACAACCAUCUCAUUCAUUUUAAGAACCAGUGAAGUUCUGGGUGUUUCUUCCUGAAUAACUUCCCAGAGACACUGAUGCUGAAACUCAGUCACACCAAUCUGAGCUAUGGUUCAAGUAAUAAACAGACGUUUUACUCGUGAACUGACUCUUCAGGGACGGACACUGAUUCUUUAUUGUUGUUGUUUUGUUGAGACGUGUGAAUCAUUUGGGACAUCUCAGGGUUAUCUCAUUCAUUGCAUGUUUACUUUAUGUAGAGAAACUCGUUAUGAAGCACAAAAAAUCUGGGAUUAACCGUCAAGUAUUUGCAUUUGUGUGUGUGUAAAAUUUACAUAUGUUAAUUAAGAUGUUAAUUAAUCAUAUUCUUUGUUUUCUGAGACAAGACCAUAACUAAUGUCCCUUUGAAGACAAGGUUCAUAUUGAUAAGAUUGAUAUUAAAAUGAUAUUAAAUAACAAAGGUUUUGAUUAUUAUA